UCACGUCAUGUCGGGUCACCUGGGUGCGGAGCCGGCGCUGGACGCGGUACUGACCAGCACGUAGCCGACAGGCCGAAUGGCCUGGGUGCUGAGCGGGCGGGCGGCCGGGGCCCGGACACCCUCCCGCGGGAGCAGCGCCGGCCCCGGGCGGGAGCGAGCGCGACGGCGCCUCUUCAGCCGCGCUCGCCGUGUGAGGCCGGGGCGCGGCCGCCAGGUGAGGGCCGGGGGGCCGGGCGGAGGGAGCGGCGAGGCCCGGGGCUCCGGCCGCCAGUCAUUUUCUCGGUGUUGUGAGGAGUGCAGAACUGGGGGAGCGAUGACCACUGUGAAUGGUGCUUCAGAGGUUUCCACCUCCGUUCAGACCAUCACCAUCAAGGAAGAGGCCGAUUUAUGGAGUAAAGAUGACCUGCUGUGGUUGUUGGAUCGAAUAAAGAGCCUCAUCCCUGAGGGAGACUGCAUGAAGUACAAGACCACUGAGUCUCACUUCAACUGGGAGAAAGUCGCAUUCGGACCCUUCACAGGGGAAAUGUGCCGUACGAAGUGGCUGAAACUGUCCUGUGAGAUCAGAAAAUAUCGCACACUGAGCGAACUGCUGACCGAUGCGGAGGAGCUGGUGAGAAAUCCAUACAAGGGCAAGAAACUGAAGACUCAUCCUGAUUUUCCCAAGAAGCCACUGACUCCAUACUUCCGAUUCUUCAUGGAGAAAAGAGCCAAGUAUGCCAGGAUUCACCCAAAAAUGAGUAACCUGGACCUGACCAAAAUCCUCUCCAAGAAAUACAAGGAGCUGCCAGAGAAGAAAAAGCUCAAGUAUAUUGAGGAUUUCGAGCAGGAGAAGGGGCAUUUCGGGCAGGCAAUGGCCAAAUUCAGGGACGAACACCCAGAUCUUCUUGCUGAACACAAAAAGUCAGAUAUUCCAGAAAAGCCAAAAACGCCCCAGCAGCUAUGGUAUAAUCAUGAGAAGAAGGCUUUCCUCAAAGUCCACCCUGAGGUGAGUCCAAAGGAGCUGAAGGAUGCCCUUCGCAGGCAGUGGUCUCAGCUGGCUGAUAAAAAGCGUCUCAAGUGGAUCAGCAAAGCCCUGGAGCUGCAGAAAGAAUACGAGGCAGCAAUGAAGGUUUAUGUCGAGGCUCACCCCGAUCUGAUCUUCGAGGAACCCACCAAGUCCGUCCUCACCAAAGCUGAGCAACAGCUGAAGGAUAAAUUCGAUGGGCGGCCGAUGAAGCCACCACCGAAUGGCUACUCGUUAUACUGUGCAGAAAUGAUGGUUAACAUGAAAGAUGUCCCAAGCACUGAGCGCAUGGUUCUGUGCAGCAAGCAAUGGAAGAUUAUGUCACAGAAGGAGAAGGACAUGUACCAGAAACGGUGUGAGCAGAAGAAGAAGCAGUACGAGUUGGAGAUGCAGCGAUUUCUUGAGAGCUUGCCAGAGGAAGAACGGGAGAGAGUGUUAUUGAAGGAGAAGAUUGGGGGAAGCAAAGUCAUGAACAACGUCACAGGAAAUGCACAAAACAAUGGCCCUCAGCGGCUAAAACCUAGCGCUCCAAGCUCGCCAGCAUCACCAACCAGCAAGAGUAUCCCUGACUGGCCACAGCAGCCCAUUUCCGCCAUGUUCCUUUUUUUCCAGGAAAAGCGGAAGAAGAACCCCAAUCUCACGGAGAGCGAGCUGACACGCCAGCUUGCCAGAAUGUGGAAUGAACUGUCAGAGAAGAAAAGGGAGAAGUACAAGAAGAUGGAAAGGACCUUGAAGGCAGAGCACGAGCAGAAGAUGCAGAACUUCCUGAAGGAGAGCAAGGAUACCGGGGUCCCAAGGAAGGCAAGGCUACCUGAGUCCCCCAAAACAGCUGAGGAGUUGUGGGAGCAGGCAGUGGUUAGGGAUUACCUGGUGAAGCACCAGAAUGACCGCAAGAAGGUGCAGUCAGCAAUGGAGGCAGCCUGGAUGGCCAUGGAAGAGGAAGAGAAGAUUCCCUGGAUUAAGAAGGCAGCAGAUGACCAGAGGAGAUACAAGAGGGAACUGUCCGAGAGUCAGUGUACGACAGACACAGCUCCGACCACCAAGAAGCUGAAAUUUGAUGGGGAGCCAAAAAAGCCACCAAUGAGUGGGUACCAGAUGUUCUCUCAGGAGCUGCUGACGAGUGGGGAGCUCAGCCACUUUGGGCUGAAGGAGAGGAUGGUGGAAAUCGGCCGGAGGUGGCAAAAACUCAGCCAAACCCAGAAAGAAGUGUACACGAAACAGGUGGAUCAACAGCAGCAGGAAUACAAGGCUGAGCUGGGGAUCUGGCUCAAGUCACUUUCUCCACAAGACAGAGCUGUGUACAAGGAGUACACCUCCACGAAGCGCAAGGGUCCAGGCAAGGCGGGGGGUCCCUCGGCCAAGGCAAGGGUCACGGAGCUGGUCAGCUCGGAAUCAUCAGAGGGUGACGACGAAGGUGGGGACGAGGAUCCUGAGAGGAGCGACUCUUCUGAUUCCGAUGAGGACGGAGUCGAGUCAUCAGGGACAUCCGACAGUGGGUCAGACAGCGAUGAGGUAAAUGAUGAGGAUGUGGAGGGGGAGGGGGACCAGUCUGAGGCCAGCUCUUCCUCCUCGUUUGCCUCCUCUUCCUCCUCGGAUGACGAGGGCUCUGACUCAGAUUCCGACUGAUGCCUGUCUCGGAGGGUCGGUGAGAAGGUUGGGGAGCACUGACACUGACUCCAGUCACUGGGUGUCCGAGAGGCUCCGCGGACCCGUGGUCAUGUCACCAGGACCUCAGCUCGCCACACGUCCCUGUCCCGCUGGCGACUCCCUGCUGUAAAUACACAUGUUUGUCCGUGUGACCAGCAGCUCCCCACUGGAACUAAAACAUGGACAUGGACAUUUACAGGUCACUGUUUUUAAUGUUUUACUGUACUGCCAUCGUUUGAUCAAUGAAUCCCUCCGCCCUCACUGUUGGGGUUUGAAUCUCAGAGCCUUGAGUCACGGGGAUCGGCAGAUAUAGCACUGACCCAGGUGCUCAGUCUCUACCCAAGGUCUCUCUGACACGUCCUUUCACUGUCCUGUCCUGUUGCAGUUGUUGCUGAGGGUAAGCUCGGAGCAGAGGGAGAGAUGUGAGUCGAUGAGUUCAGAUCCCAAGUGGAAUUGAACUUAGGGAAUUGAGGCUGAUUUGUUGUUUCAUCUGCUCUGGGUGAAGUUACCUUGUCCCAGAGCAGCUUCAGUACUGGGACCACGAGGGCCUUACUGUAGGUGAAGGUUCAAAGUAACCUUUCCUUGUGUUAUUGGAUGAGGAUUCUGCUUCUCUCUGCUGGCUGAAUCAUCCUCAACUCUGAGCAGGUUCACCUUACCUGAACUCAUCCGUCAGGAUAUUUAACAGGCAGGCUCUGGGUUAGAGCUGUCCGGCUUCACUCCAAUUCCACACAGUUGGUUUUGCUUGCAAGACUUGGGUUUAUUUGCACUUGUUUGCUGGAGGUGGGUGUCACAGGCAAGCCCAGCAGUCAUCACCCAUCCCCAGCUGGUCAUGAGUGGGAGUGAGCUGGAUUCCACAACCCCCGCUGACCACAGCGCUGUUGGGAGGGUGUUCCAGGAUUUAAGACCCACUUUUGAUAUGGGAUUGGCAAUAAGGCAGGGAGGGGAACCUGCAAGUGGUGGUGUUCCCUACACCCACUGCCCUUGUCCUCUGGAUGACUCAGGUUGUGUGUUGAGAGGUGCUGCUGGUAUCUCACUGGGUAACUGUGGUGCAUUUUGUAAAUGGUGGAGGGGUGAAUGGGGAGCAGGGUGCUUUGUCCUGAAGCUUCUUGAGUUAAACCUGCACUCACCCAGGCAAGUGGAGACUGUUCCAUCACACUCCUGACCGGUGCCUUGUAACUGGUGACAGGUCUUGGGGUGCCAGGAGAUGAGUGACUGGGGCAAGCGCAGGGCAGUAAUUGGAGACCAAGCAAGAGUAGGUGGAGCAACUUGUUCACUGUGCGAUGUGGUGCCUGUUCUGGGGUCAGCUGGCACUGGCAGAACCAGGAAACACUCCGACAAACUUGGUCCAGUUUAUCUUUCUCUCUUGUAAUAAAUGAUGAGCGAUCUAGCAGACGGUUCUGGCGGGCAGGAGAGACUUCAAUUACUGAAUAUUAAAUGACAGUAACGUGUUCAGUUACCAGUCUGUACCAUUCACUUUUAUGUAAAGGACCAAGUGAACAUCCAGCUUCAGACACUCCAUGCUGCAACAACAAGUGGUAACCUUGGCAUUUCUUUGCUUGUAUCUUGUGUUUGAAAGUUCGACUGAGUUGCUGUGUUUUCUGCAGCAAUUUUAUGUGCAGAAAGUUGCUUAACGUAAUUCCAGAGCCGUCGGAAAAGCUGCUUGGUGAGCAGUUCCUGGGGGGCGAGCAGAGCUCACCUCAAAUUUGCUGUGAAAAUCCCACAAUCCAUGCCGUCGGGAUGUUUCGGAAAACAGUUUUAAAAUUGAGCUGUGAUCUGGAGAUAUCAUCGCUUCUACUGAAAUGACAAGAUCCUGCAUAGAUUCAGAUGCUAACCAAGGCAGCUGACAACUUCACAAUAAACCUUGGUUCAAAACAAA